AUCCUUUGCCUUCCGGCUGUGCUGAGUUCCUUCCGGUCAGUCCUGACUUGCGCGCCUGUUUCAAGCCUGAGUUGCUAGUUGGCUUGGCGGGCUGCGUCUUCCGGGACUGGGCUCUCCCGACCGCGGCCAUCGGGGCAGGCAUGGCGCAGCUGGAGGGGUACUACUUCUCCGCGGCCCUGAGCUGCACCUUUCUGGUGUCUUGCCUCCUCUUCUCCGCCUUCAGCCGCGCGUUGCGGGAGCCCUACAUGGACGAGGUCUUCCACCUGCCGCAGGCGCAGCGCUUCUGCGAGGGCCGCUUCGCCCCCGCGCAGUGGGAUCCCAUGAUUACGACCUUACCUGGCUUAUACCUGGUGUCAGUGGGAGUGGUCAAGCCUGCCAGCUGGAUCUUUGGAUGGUCUGAACAUGUCGUCUGCUCCAUUGGAAUGCUCAGAUUCGUCAAUCUUCUCUUUAGUGUUGGCAACUUCUAUUUACUAUAUUUGCUUUUCCGAAAGGUGCAACCCAGAAGUAAGGCUGCUUCAAGUAUGCAGAGAAUCUUGUCAACACUGGCACUGGCAGUAUUUCCUACACUCUAUUUUUUUAACUUCCUUUAUUAUACAGAAGCAGGAAGCAUCUUUUUUACUCUUUUUGCUUAUUUGAUGUGUCUUUAUGGAAAUCAUAAAACUUCAGCCUUGCUUGGAUUUGGGGGCUUUAUGUUUCGCCAAACAAAUAUCAUCUGGACCGUCUUCUGUGCAGGACAUGUUAUUGCACAGAAGUUAACUGAAGCUUGGAAAACUGAGCUACAAAAGAAGAAAGAAGAGAGGCUCCCCUCCGUUAAAGGACCAUUUCCAGAAUUCAGAAAAAUUCUUCGGUUUCUUUUGGGAUACUGCAUGUCCUUCAAAAACCUAAGUAUGCUCUUCCUCCUGACUUGGCCCUACAUCCUUCUGGUGUUGGCAUUUUGUGCCUUUGUAGCAGUUAAUGGUGGAAUUGUUAUUGGUGACCGGAGUAAUCACGAAGCCUGUCUUCAUUUUCCUCAGCUCUUCUACUUUUGCUCUUUUACUCUCCUUUUUUCAUUUCCUCACCUACUAUCUCUCACCAAAAUUAAGACUUUUCUUUGCUUAGUUUGGAAACGUAGAAUCCAGUUUCUUGUGAUUACUUUAAUCUCUAUAUUUUUAGUUUGGAAGUUCACUUAUACUCAUAAAUACUUGCUAGCAGACAAUAGACAUUAUACAUUCUAUGUAUGGAAAAGAGUUUUUCAAAGACAUGGUAUUGUGAAAUAUUUGUUAGUUCCAGGCUAUAUAUUUGCUGGUUGGAGUAUAGCUGACUCAUUGAAAUCAAAAUCAGUUUUCUGGAAUUUAAUGUUUUUCGUAUGCUUGUUUACUUCUACAGUUCCUCAGAAACUGCUAGAAUUCCGUUACUUUAUUUUACCUUAUGUUAUUUAUAGGGUUAACAUACCUCUGCCACCCACUUCCAGACUUAUUUGUGAACUGAGUUGCUAUGCACUUGUUAAUUUCCUAACUUUUUAUAUCUUUCUGAACAAGACUUUUCAUUGGCCAGAUAGUCAGGAUAUUCAAAGGUUUAUGUGGUAAUAUCAAGAAUGUUUUGAACUUUAAGACUUAAUAUUUAGACUGUUUCCAAAAUAAAUAAUUGAAUAGGUAAAAAUUAUGGAAUUUCUUUUAGUUACUACAGUGGUCCUAAGAUCACAUCUGACUUUUAUAUACAUUUUAAACAUGUAUAACAAAUCUGAGGAAGUUCAGUGUAAAGAACUGAAAAAAGUGCAUGAGGUCUGCUUCAAAAGCCCAAAUGAUGGAAAAUUAAAGUGUUUACAGUUAUCUCGUCGUAUCUCUGAUACUGAUAACUGUAAAGCUUGGAAUCUUUUUACAUGUAUAAGUUUAAGAAAACUGGGAUGCUUCAGAGUACUAGAACUAGUUUACUGUAUUUUUCUCCAGAAAGAAAUAGCAAAAUAUUUGGGAAAUAUUGACAAAUGAUCAGACAGCAUUCCUGAUUGAAAGGUAUUUAACAUUUCAGAAAUAGAAUUUUAGUCAUAAGUUACAAAGAGGUUUAUCUAGGAAUCAAGUUGGUUUUUAUUUAAAAUUUCAAAAUGAUGAAGCUGUAUCACUAAUUCCCAGUAUGAGAUGUAUGAAGGUCAGAGAUAACUGGUAUUAAUUAUAAUACCUUGUAAAGAAAAUUUUAUUUCCUGAAGCACAUUUUACUGUAUUCAUUUCCUAGGCCUUGAUAUAACAAGUGACCAUGAGCCGGUGGCUUCAAAAAUUCCUCCCAUUUUUAGAGACCAGUCUGAGUUAAGAGUAUUACAGUUUUAAAAAGCUGACUUCUGAGGUCCGUUCAUAAAUGUAAAUCAAAUUGGUAUUUGAGUUCUUCAUCCAAAAAUAUUAGAAUUAAAAGUUGAGACGUCAUUUGAUCUGACUUUGUUCAAUAGAUUAGGGAAUACUUGCUGGGGUAGGAUAUGUGUAUAUAUGUUUGGGUUCCAUGUUCACUGUACUUAGUGCCUCUAUUAUGUCACCAUUCCACUGCAGGAAAUUGUAUUUUGAGGCAUGUUAACUUUGACAUGUAAACUAGGAACUGUGAAUAGAACUUUUGACCUAAGUUUACAUUUCUAAGUUGUUUUUUUUUAAUACAUGAAAACAGCUAUACGUGUGAGUAAAUUCCUUUCAGUGUUGGAUUAUACUUUCUCUGGGUUUUAAAUAGUACAUUUGGAUUUAAAUAGUAGAUUCUGCACUUGCAGAUAUUAAAUUGUAUGCAGGUAAAAAUUAUAAAUACAGUCUUUUCAGAACUUAAUAGACUGAUUCAGUUACAAUAGCAGGACAAAUAUUUAUUACCCAGAUGUCUUUUUAAUAGAAUGAAAAAGCAUAGUCUAAGACAUAAUGCUUUUACCACAAAUUUAUUAUAAUGGAGAACCAAAUCUAGGAAGCCAAAAUUAAAAAAAAAAAAAAAACAACUUACGAAAAAACAACUUUCUUGUUUGAUGGAACUAAUACAAGUCCUAAUGUUUAGAAGUAUUUCUAAAAGGAAGACUUUUCCACUCUAACCUAUCUGGCAAAAACACUUUAGGCCUAUAUAACUGAAGAAGACUGCUUUUUGAAGAGUUUACUGUUUUAGUGUUGAGUCACUUCCACUUUAAGAAAUGUUUUGGAAAACAACUGCGUGAAGAGAAGAAAAGAUUAAUCUUCAUUUUCCACAAAGUAGAUAAAAUAUAGUUUUUGACAUUUUAGAUAAGAAUGCUGUUAAAUAAAUGCUGAGUAAAUAUUUGUUGUUUUUAUAAUAGGAUAUGAUUUCAAGAUUAUUGCCAUUUAAACUACUUAUUUUUCAGUAAUUUUUAUUUAAAAACGGAUUCCUAGUAUUUUUGUGUUUCAGGGACAAGUUUUGAUUAAAUUUUCUUGAGCAGUUAGAAGAUGGUCAUUGACUGGUGGAUUUCCCAAUAUAUUUGACAAAUUAGAAGAGUGUGAGAGAUACUCAGGCUUAGUGCAAUAGAUCAUGCUGCCUUUAAUUGUUCAAAAUCCUGUUCCACACUUUCCUGUAAAAUGAUUCUACUUGAGAAGACCAAUUAUUCCUAGGUCUUUAGAUCUUGGCUUUUACACACAUUUAAAUUAUGUUUGUGUUUUAAACUUUUUCCACGGAUAAUCCAGUAAAUUUUUUGUCAUGAGUUUUGAAAAAUUAUACUCAUUUGAAUCAUUUGAUUAAAAAAUGAUUAUGAAAAAAUAUACUGACAUCCCAGAGAGUCUGGGGAACUUGCAGUCACUGUUAACCGGUCUGAGAAUGGGAUUAAAGGGCACCAUGAGAAGAUCCAUAAAUUGUUUUAGGCUAAGUAAUCAUUUUCAGCUAGUUCUACCUUAGGUGAAAUUGUACAGAUACAAUAUUAUCUAUAGAUGGUAAGUUUCCAGUGUAUUGUGUGCUUCCUCACAUUGAUGUUUUUCUUUUAGCAGAUGCCUAUAUAUCUUUUAUAACUGCAUCAGAUUAUGUAUUUAAAUGAUUUGGAAAUAUAGUGUUCUUUACUGUAAACAUAGUAUGCCAUCAUGGCAAGAGAAAUAAUUUUAAUUCUCUGGCCAUGUUGUCGUCUUAGAGUCAUUUAUGAAAUGUGCUUAGCCUGUCAUAAAAUACCUUAACCUAAGUCACUUAUUUCUUUUUUUCUUUUUUUUUUUUUUGGUACCGGGGAUCGAACUCGGGUCCUUGCGCUUGCGCAGCAGCUAGCGAAAUCACUGAGCUAAAUCCCUGGCCCAUAAAUCAUUUAUUUCUAAUAAAUAGCUUCAUAUAGAAUGUAUUUCUAGUUUGAAGUUAAUUGCCAUUUGAUAUUAUUUUCUCAUACUCAUCUAGAGAAGAGAAGGGAUCUACAGCUGUUCUUUAUAUCCCUUAAGUGGACUAUUAUUUUGGAUCCACUUUUCAAUAAAAUAUGUGUCAGAUAAAUAAAUUCAUGUUUAUUAGAUGAAAAUGCAUUAUCUUUGAAGCAAUUAUAAUUUUGUUAAAUAGUAAAACAAGAAUAAUGUAAGUGUGAAAAAAGUUUUUUUGGUUUUUUUUUUGUACCGGGGAUUGAACUCGGGACCUUGUGCUUGUGAGGCAGGCAGUGGAACCACUGAGCUAAAUCCCCAUCCCGAAAAAAGUUCGUUAAGUGGAAAUUUAUUAUGAAUUAGGAUCUACAGGCAUGUAGAAAAUGCAUUAACCUGGGGAUUACUGUUUCCAUAUUUGAUUAUGGCUCUGGAAUCUAUAAGGCAGGUUGUUUAAGGCAAGCUGUUUGGUCCUCAUUCCAAAUAGGAAUAAUACUGGUCCUAACUCUACUCAGUGUCUUGCAUGGGUCCAUCCUCAUUUCAGAACAGACUCAUCUCCUUCCAUAUAUUCAUGAAGUUCAUAAAUGUCCUAUUAUACAUAUCAUGUAAAUGUAUACUGAUUGGAGUUGUUUUUAGUAUACAAUGACAUAGCUAUCCUAAAAAAAAUGAACCACAUAACCAUAGAUAGUUUUAGGAAAUGAAUCCCAUUUCAUAGCAAGAGCCUCCUGACUUUUUCUGCCUCAUUUUCUGACCUUGUGUUAAAACGUUUUCUUUGCUAUAGCAUUUAAUAGUUACAUGUAUAUUUAUUUGUAAAUAUUUGUUUUUAUAAUAGGAUAUGAUUUGAAGAUUAUUGCUGUUUAAAAUACAAAAAGUAACUUCAGUCAUUAAGUUAUAGAAAUGAUACAACUUUGCUGGUUUAUAAGACUUUAAUGGAAAAAAGAAAUGCCAACCAAUUACACACAUAUUUUGUGUUAGGCUGUACUUACUACCCUAGGAAUAAGUGGUAAUUAUUUUUUGUUUGGGGUACUUUGUAUAUAUUUAAAUGCUGGUGACACACAUUUCCAAUAUACUAAAACAUAGUUGAGAAGAUUGUAAUAAAAUGGAUAAGUGUAUCUCUUUUAACAUACCCAUGAAUUAAAAAAUAAAUUCUUUAAGAUUGAAAAUUAUUUGUAGGGUAAGAAAUUUUGUCACAGUGAGGUAUUCCAAUAAUACCUAUACUGUGCUGUGUUUUUUUUUUAAUGAGCUUUUGAUGAAUUUAAUGCAUUUUAGUUCAAUCCAUCACCUUUAUACCAAAAGAAGGUAGUGUGUUUUUCUAACAGGAACAGUAUUAAACAUUGCAUCAGGUUUGCCUCCUGAAACUUGAGCAGUUCAUUUGAGCCAUGUGUAACAGCACAUACAGAAUGAGGGAGAAACAGGAAAAGCAAUAAUGAUAGGUGCCAUUGUCUGAGUGCUUGGAACAUUUUAGGUGUUUUACUGGCUGAUUUACAAAUAUUUUCUCAUUUGAUCCUACUCAUGCUUGUAUUGUAGAUGUUGAUUUCUACAUAGCUGGAGAAACUAAAGGUCAAAUAUAUCUGGUGAUUCACUCAAAAUCCACUCACUCUGACUCCAAAUGAACAUAGGUUGGUCUGACUCCUAGACCUGUGAGAUUUUGACUAUUUUCUUUUGCCACACUGAAAGGUUUUCAUUAAGAGAAGUAGAAGAAUAUGGAGAGAGUUGAUAAUCUGUCUUUCUUUUGCACUAGCCAGAUCACUUAUAGCAUGAUAUUUUUGUAUUGGAUGUAGUUGUUUUUUAAAAAUGCUAACAGCUGUUUGAAGGAGCUUGAGUAAAAUGCUGAGAGUUUAUAAUUUUUUGCAAAUACAUGAUUAAAAGAAUAUGUUGUGUUUAUAGAAAUUCACUAACUCCGUAAGCUCUCAUACAAAGAAUGAUUAAUUCAAAGGAUUGUCCUAUAUCAACUGAAGUAUAAAUCAACAGAUUUCUACUCAAGAAAUUUUCUAAUUGCUUAUUCUCUGCAGAGAAAUAGACCCCCUAGAAAUUAAGUUUGCUAUUCAUUGGAUGGAAAAUUUCUGUUUACCAGAGAUUCUUUAGUAGAUUCCAAUAUAGCGAGGUAGGGUACAGUGUCUGUCAAAAAUGUCUCACAGCACUGUGAUUUUGUGUUCAUAAGUUUGUUACAGCUAAUUUAGUUGCAUUAAUUGAUAAGUCAUGAAAUAUUUCUGGUGGUUUACAUGCUGUCUCUGAUAUAUUUUAAAUUUUUGAACAAAACUACUUAACUCUGUUCUGUUUUAGAAAUAAUUUGAAAUGUACAACCUAAAAUAGAUUUUGUAGUUAUGUUUCAGUGUACUUGUAAGAUAUAUUUUUAGUCCUACAUAUGAGUGGGAAGAAUAUGAAUGAAAAGGUUUAGCUCCCUAGUAAAAAAAAAAAAAAGAGGGGAAACCCGUAUAAAAAUUUUCAACUUAGUGUUCACUAGGUGGUGAUAUUGUGCUACAUUUCAAAGUGUUAUUGUAAUUAAACUUUGUUUGAAUUCA